AUGAAUACAACUCCUAUUUUACGCAAAACGUCUCCAAAGCUAUCUACUGGUAAAUCUAAGUUAUUAGGCAGACAAAGAAUUACAUCUCCUAUUCCAAUGGUUGAUUUGACUACAGAUGCAACGUUAGAUGUAGAUCCUUACAAAGGUGUUUCACCAGAUUACUUAGAUCAUGGGGACCAGUGUAUUACGUGUCAAGUAUGCAAUGCAAAGUUUUGGGAAGUAGAAACGGCGAGAGGCAGAACCAAUAAUCGGAAGACAAGUUAUUUUUUAUGUUGUGGAUAUGCUAAAGUAGAGCUACCCGAUUAUAAAGAUGCGCAUCCAAAUUAUCAGAAACUGUUUACGUCUUUGGAUAAUGAAAGCAAGCAUUUUUUGAAAAACAUUCGCCGUUAUAAUUCUAUGUUCGCUUUCACAUCUAUGGGUGGUAAGGUCGAUCCGACUGUUAAUAGAGGUAAUGGCCCAUUUUGCUACAGGAUUAGCGGUGAAAACUAUCAUAGUAUUGGAAGUCUGUUGCCGGAGAAUGGCAAUAAACCAAAGUUUUGCCAGCUAUACAUAUACGAUACAGAGAACGAAGUUUCGAACCGAGAUUCUAUAUUUAGUCGAUCUAAGGAGUCGGAUACAUCAUCUUCUGCUUCAGUUGAUCGUCACUUGAUCCAACAUAUCAAGUCUGUGUUAGACUCCGAUAAUGUAUUGGUUAAAGUUUACAGGAUGGUUAGAGAUUGUUUUCAUGACGAUCCGCAGCUUACUCUUAAGGUACGUCUUAUUGGAAGAAGGGACAAGGAUGGUCGAAUGUAUAACUUACCAACAUGUGGCGAGGUUGCUGCUCUAAUUGUUGGAGAUGUUGAAAACGCAUUUGAGAACAGAGACAUUGUUGUUGAAACUAAAUCGGGGACUCUUCAACGAAUUAGUGAAUUACAUCCUUCUUACCUUGCUCUUCAAUACCCAAUUCUCUUCCCGUAUGGAGAUGAUGGUUACAGAGUUGACAUCCCUCAUAGAGGUGUCGUAGAUGUAACCAACAAGAAGCGUCCAAAUUGUACGAUGAGAGAGUUCUUUUCGUAUCGUAUUCAAGAUAGAGUAAACCAAUUUUCUCUGAUUCUAAAUUCAAGGAGACUUUUCCAACAAUUUUUGGUUGAUGCUUAUACGAUGAUUGAGAGCGAGAGACUAAACUACAUACGUUUUCAACAAAAAAAUCUAAGAUCUGAUACCUAUGAAAGUCUCCGGAAAUUGAGAAAUAAUGGUCAGCAAGAUAUAUCUAAUGUUGGUACACCUCUUAUAUUGCCUUCUUCGUUUACCGGUGGAGCUAGAUAUAUGAUGCAAAACUAUUUAGAUGCAAUGGCUUUAUGUAAAUGGUUUGGUUAUCCUGAUUUUUUUAUAACCAUUACAUGCAAUCCCAAGUGGCCAGAGGUAAAACGGUAUCUUAAAGACACCACUCUGAAUCCAGAAGAUAGGCCUGAUAUCCUGUCAAGGUUGUUUAAAUUCAAACUGGAUGCAAUUUGUAAAGAUUUAAAGGAAUGUCAUAUGUUUGGAAAAGCAGCAGCAAUUAUUUAUACAAUUGAGUUUCAAAAACGUGGCUUGCCUCAUGCGCAUUUGUGCUUAUUCAUGGAACCAGAAGCUAAAAUUCCCACUGUUGACCAAGUUGAUCCGUUCAUAUGUGCAGAAAUUCCAAACAGAGAUGAUGACCCAGAGUUGUAUACGCUUGUGAAGGAUUUUAUGAUUCAUGGACCGUGUGGUAAUGCUAAUAUGAGCUGCCCAUGUAUGGUUGAUAAACAGUGUUCUAAAGGCUUUCCUAAAAGAUUUCAAGAUACUACGACAAUUGACGCCAGUGGUUUCCCAUUAUACAGAAGGAGAGAUGAUGGAAGAACAGUUGUCAAAAACCGGAUCGAGUUAGAUAAUAGAAGUGUUGUACCAUACAACAAAAAGUUAUUGAAAAAGUAUCAGGCACAUAUAAACGUUGAGUGGUGCAACCAAGCUGGGUCAAUUAAAUAUUUGUUUAAGUAUAUCAACAAAGGUCCGGAUAGAGCAACAGUUGCUGUUUUGCAUAGUGACAAUCAUAAUGAACAACAUGAAAAAGAUGAGAUUAAAGAGUAUUAUGACUGUCGCUAUAUCUCAGCAUGCGAGGCAUCAUGGAGGAUUUUUAGUUACGAUGUAAAUUACAGAUAUCCUUCUGUUAUGAGGCUUCCAUUCCAUCUUCCAGGUCUCCAACCGGUUGUAUUUGGAGCAGAUGAAGACAUCAAUUAUGUUCUUAACAGGCCAUCUGUCAAGUGUUCUAUGUUUCUGUCUUGGAUGGAAAGGAACAAAGACCCUGAUGACCAUUUGGCGCGUACACUAACUUAUGUCCAGUUUCCAACUUGGUAUGUAUGGAAGACUGAAAACCGUUGUUGGCAACCUCGGAAAAAAGGUAACACAAUUGGCAGAAUUCAUAAUGUUGCUCCAUCUCUUGGAGAAGCUUAUUUUUUAAGAAUCUUGCUCAACAAAGUCAAAGGACCUAAGUCAUAUGACGAUAUCAAAACUGUUAAUGGUCAUGUACAUGAUACAUUUCGAGAUGCGUGUUUUGCACUUGGUCUUUUAGAUGAUGACAAAGAGUACAUCUAA